AACCCCCAGGCCUUUACCAGUUGCCAAACACAUGGCUUCAUUCAUUCUUUUCUCUCCCCAUCUAUUUCCAAUAUUCCCUGUAACUAAACUACCCCAAUAGAUGUGUCUUUUUCAUAAUAGCUGUAGUUUCAGUUUCUAGUUCAAUAUAUUGAAGUUAUUGCAGUCCACAAAUUCCUAGAUACAGUAAUGUCACCACUUGAAUCUCUUCAUCACAAGAUGAAAGGAACUUGAAAUUUGGAUUUGGGUUUCAUUUUCCCGAGAAAAUGGAGAUUUUCCGGGAUUCCGUCCUCUGUUUCUUGCUCUUUCUUGUCAUUCUCCCUCCUUCAAUAGCUCAGUUAUCUCCAUCAGAAACCAGAAUUCUUUUCCAAAUCCAACAAAUUCUUGAAUACCCAGAAGCCCUUCAAGGAUGGCAUAACUGGACCAGCUUCUGUUACCUCCCUGAAUCCCCAUAUCUAGUGAUUGUCUGCUCGGAAAAUCACAUAACAGAAUUUUCUCUCGUGGGAAACAGAACCUCCCCUUCCCAAUCCCACAUUCCACCAAAACCCACCUCCGGAAACUUGUUUGUUUCUCAGGAAACUCUCUCUGAUAAAUUCUCCAUUGGUUCAUUCUUCACAGUCCUAACCAAGCUCUCCAAUUUGAAAGUACUCUCACUAGUGUCCUUAGGCUUAUGGGGUCAAUUACCCGCAACGAUCAACCGGCUAAAAUCACUCGAAAAACUGAAUAUCAGUUCGAAUUUCAUCUCCGGAGAAAUUCCUGGAUCGAUUUCAAUUUUGACAAAUCUCACGAGCCUUGUUUUGUCUGACAAUCUCUUCAAUGGGAGUGUUCCAGACAUGAAAAGCUUACAAUCUCUUCAAGAGAUCGAUUUAAGUAUCAAUCGCCUCGGGCCUGAAUUUCCAUCUCUGAGUACCAAUCUUGCAACAAUCAAAUUAAAAAACAAUUCUUUUAGAUCUGGAAUUCCUUCAGAGAUCAAGGAUUUUGAUCUGCUUCAACGAUUCGAUGUAUCGGGAAACAAACUUGUGGGUCCUAUUCCAUCUCCUCUGUUUUCUCUGCCUUCAAUCCAGUACCUGAAUUUAGAUGACAAUCAAUUCAAUGGUGCUCUUUCAUUGAAUCUAUCUUGUAGUGUCAAUCUCACAUUUGUUGAUAUUUCUAACAACUUUUUGAUUGGGAAAUUACCCGCCUGCAUUGGAUCAAACGCCACGAAUCGAACUGUACUGAGUUCAUGGAAUUGUCUGACAAGUGGAGGUUUGGAAUAUGAACACCCAUAUUCCUUCUGUCAGAAAGAAGCAUUGGCGGUUAUUCCCCCGAAUAAGAAUCGCGAGGGGCGGUCUAAGGGCAAACUUGGCCUCAUACUUGGUAUUGUUGGGGGUGUUGUUGGGGCAGUUUUCGCAAUUGGAUUGUUGAUUUUGAUAAUUUUUAGAAGAGAGAAGAAGAAGAAGAAGAAAGACGAUAGUUUCGAAUGCGAUAGCUUUGUUUGGGAGAAGAGCUCUGUUCGGAGCGAGCCUGCCAUUGAUGGAAGACAUGUACCGCGAACUAUGACGAUGCUGUCAAUGGGGCUACCACCGUACCAUGUUUUCACAUUGGAGGAAAUGGAAGAUGCAACAAACAACUUCGACCCCUCAAAUUUGGCUAACGAAGGAUCUCAAGGACAGCUAUAUAGAGGAUGGCUCAGAGACGGUUCGAUCUGCCUGGUGAAAUGUCUGAAGUUGAAACAGAAGCAAUCGCAACAAAGCUUGCAGCAGCACAUGGAAGUGAUAUCGAAGCUGAGGCAUCGACAUUUGGUCAGUGUUCUAGGACACUGCAUUGUGACAUACCAGAACCGCCACCCCAAUGUAGCUAGCACUGUCUUCAUUGUCCUUGAACAUGUUGCAAAUGGGUCUUUGAGGGAUCACCUUACAGAUUGGAUAAAGAGGGAGUAUCUGAAAUGGCCACAGAGAAUGGGGAUUGCAGUGGGGAUUGCCAGGGGAAUCCAGUUCUUGCACUCCGGAAUUGUUCCAGGAAUGUAUGGAAAUGAUCUCAAGAUCGAAAACAUAUUGUUGGACAAAACUCUCACUGCCAAAAUUAGCAGCUACAACAUUUCAUUGCCAUCCAAGGUAGGUACAGAGAGCCCUCUCAAUGGACAAGACACCCCCAACAGGCUUUCCAGCACUGAAAGUGCAGAAAAGAAUGAUAUUUAUCAACUGGGUGUAAUUCUACUUGAAGUAAUUUCUGGUAAACCAAUCACAUCCGAAACUCAAUUGGAUGAGCUCAAACUUCAGCUUGAAAGAGGCUUAGCAGAGUCACCAUUGAGAUUGCGAGAAGCAAUCGAUCCUUCCAUUCGUGGCACAUUCGCACACGAAUCAUUAAAAACUGCAGUCGAAAUCACCAUGAAAUGCCUCAGCAAAGAUUCAGUCUCACGUCCCACCAUUGAAGAUGUUCUUUGGCACAUGCAAUACUCAAUUCAAGUUCAAGAAGGAUGGACUAGCAGUGGAAACCUUAGCACAAAAGUCUAGUAUUGCCUUCAAUUAAACUUCUUAGAUUUGCUGUGUUUGUUACCUGAAUUUCAUUAUCUUGUAGUGUAAUUCAGUAGCUAUCCUGUUGAAUUUCAUGAUCAUGUGUAGUUACUCUGUAUAGGGUUUUAGUGAUUCAACAAUGUAUCCCCUUUAUGCUUUUGUAAAAUUGUAAGUGCACAGAAUUUAAUAACAAAAUCGAAUAGAAUCCUCUCACAUGAGGUGGAACUCAUCCGAUUCUGUAAUUGAAUUCUAUGCAUAUGGUUUCUUUUUCUAUUUUGAAAAGAAUUAGGGGUCAAAAAGAAUGGAGUUGGUUUGGGUUAAUUAGAAUCAAACUCAUAAUUUAACUGCA